UCUAUCUAUCUAUCUCACUUUAGUGCUUUUGUUUAUUUUGUUUUCUUACCUGACAUUACAUUCUAUGUUGCCACCACCUCCAUUCAAUCCAUAUUUGCUGUUUGUUGAUGGAUUCUUGAUUAUGGGUGAUUCUCUGAGACGGGUUCUGAACUUUUUGGCCUGAGGAUUUGAUUUCAUCAACUAGGUUGGUUUGUGUUGUUGGUGUGCUUGUUCAUGUGUUCUUGUUGUUGGUUUAUGGUUUUAAGCCACAGGAUUUGUUUCUUUGAGGUGUGUUGAUCUUUGAGUGCUGUGAAUUUGGCAAACUUUGUUGGGUUUUUUAUGGGAUUAUGUUGUGAUUUUGGUGGAAGAAAUUGUGGUUUUAGUGAGUUGAAUUUGUGGUGAAGGACUAGAAGAGGAGAGGAGAGGAGAGGAGAGGAGAGGAGUGGAGAGAAUGAGAGGAGGAAAAGAUGAGAUGAAGGUGACUAGUCCUAUGUUUCCAAGGCUUCAUGUGAACGAUACAGAAAAAGGGGGGCCAAGGGCGCCUCCAAGGAACAAAAUGGCUCUCUAUGAACAGCUAAGUAUUCCAUCUCAAAGGUUAGGUUCUGGCUCAGCAUCCAUGUUGCCUCUUCCAUCUAGCAGUGGCAGUAGCUUGGUUCCUUCAAUGUCAUCCAGCAAUGGUGGUGAUCAUGAAAGGAGUGUGUUUAGCCAAUUCUGCAACUCCCCUGCACCUCCUUUUUUGCCUGAGAAAAUUCAUUCUUAUGGGUCCAGUGGUAUCAAGCGGGACACUGUGAUGACAAAUCAACAAUGGAAAACCAUGACACCUACAAAUUACCAGAGUCUGAAUACUGGAGGACCAUUGUCAUCAACUGCUAAAAGCACUUCAUUUAAACAAGGUAACUUCUCCAACUUCAGGAAUUUUGCGUUGAAGAAAUUUGGAGAUGAGAAUGAUUUUAGAGUUUCCAGCUCUGGCCAGUUAGGAAUAGCCCCACAGUGUAGCAAUAGACAACACAGCAAAGAUCGAGAAUACAAGCUGAAGAAAGGAUCUGGCCCUAGAGAUCUGAAUUCUAAAUCUCAUUUGAAGAACCAAAAUGAAGAGAAUGUAAAAUUUUCUCAGACAAGUCAGGACCCUGAGGGAAAGUCUACGCCAAUCCCAUUGGGUAGAGUCAGGAAUUUAGCAGACGUGUCUUCUAGACUAGUACCUAAAGUUAAGCAUUCAGAAUCAUUAAAGAAAGCACAUUCAUCUUUGAACCAAGAAAAUAGAAGGAGUUCGAUUGAUAUUUUAAAUGGUUUACAUGGGACUAAUGCUCGCUUACAUCUAGAGAGUGAGGCUUUGAGGGACGAGAUGGCCCUUAGAGAUGGCAUUUUGAUGGAAACCACGAGGGACAUGAAUAAGGAAAAUUCUUAUAAGGUGAGAAAUGAAUCAUGUUUGAGACUGUCACCCGGAGAUAAUAAUAGUAGUCCUCAUGAACUUGAAAAUGGCAGUGAGUGCCUUGAAGAGCAAAAUGGCCGAUCCGUGCAAGUGAGAGAGGUAGACAGACGUGAUGAUGUUUCUAAUACCUCAAUGGUGGAUUCGUCAUCAGCUUUGGGUAUUUCCCCUGAUGAUGUUGUAGGAGUCAUUGGUGAGCAGGAAUUCUGGGAAGCGAGAAGAGCUAUCAUCAACCAACAAAGAGUCUUUGCGGUUCAAGUAUUUGAGUUGCAUAGACUUAUGAAGGUACAAAAAUUGAUUGCCAAAUCACCACAUUUGUUGUUUGAAGAUAAUCUCUAUGUAGACAAACCUUCAUUAAAUGUACCUCAAGUGAAGAGAUUGCGAGCUGAGUAUGAUCUACAAACAACACCCCGUAUUGUGAAGGCUAAAGAUCAGUCUGAGAACCCAGAUCUCAAUGCUGAAUGUGCAGAUGAGAAUGCAGUUGCUAAUUUUGCUCAUUCUUCUGUCAACACUGACACCAGCAAAGGACUUGUUAACCAACGAUCAAAUUAUUUGGUAAAUGAACCACCGGCAGCUCCAACAAGGAACAUCAAACCAUCUCCGUGGUGUUUCCCACCCCCUGGAAAUCAGUGGUUAGUUUCCGUAAUGUCACCUUCAGAAGGACUUGUUUAUAAGCCCUACACAGGCCCAUGCCCCCCAACGGCAGGCUUUGUGGCACCAUUUUAUGGCAGCUGUGGUCCUAUGAGCUUAAAUCCUUCUAGUGGAGACUUCUUGAACACAGCUUAUGGUAUUCCAGCAUCUCACCACCAAGGGCUUGGAAUUCUUCUGGGAUCGACUCCUUUCGGUCAGACCUACUUUCCACCAUACGGCAUGCCGGUAAUGAAUCCAUCUGUUUCAGGUUCAGUGGAUGAGCAGAUGAGUCCGUUUCCUGGAGCCCGGUCAAAGGACGAUCAUUUCUCAAUGGUGGACACUAACUUCAUGAUGCCUCAUCAAAAUUCACAGAACAUGUCAAGUCAGAUGAGUCGAGCAAUCUCUCGUUGUUUUGGAAAAUUUCAGGCUUCAAAAGAAAGUGAGAUACAGGGAAGUACAGCAAGUAGUCCCUCUGAAAGAGCCACUGGGGAUGCACUUCCUCUCUUCCCCAUGGAACCAAUAGUUCAAGCAUCAGAUAUUAAUGCUCAGACCAGUGAGGAGCAGAGUCGGGUGAUUAAAGUUGUACCGCAUAACAGUAGAUUAGCAACAGAAUCAGCUGCUCGGAUUUUCCAGUCCAUACAAGAAGAAAGAAAACACUAUGAUUAAUGUAUCUUGCAAUUCGCUUCAUAUUUGGUUCUUAUAAGACAUUAUGAAGGGAAACAGAUUAAGUUAUCAAAUAUUCAAUACUUCUGUAUCAGUAAUCAUAUGUUUACAACUUACUUUCGAAAGAUGUACAUUUACUCAAUGAUUGAAAAGGAUUCAUUUUUCCUUG